AUGAGUCGAUAUGGAGACUUUGUAGGCAUCGUUGCAGCACCUGCCUACGAUGAGGACUUUGAGCGACAGCGGGCGAAAUGGCGAUUACGCUGGCGACAUUGGCGAUUGUCGCUCGUUUACUUGGGUGCAGAUGGUUUCGUUCGCUUAGGGGUUGCUGCAAAAGGCUUAUUAGAGUUUGGACAACGACUGGAUCGGACAAGCAGCUUGGUGUUUGCAUUGUGUGAACUGGCUUUUGUCUCGUUUGCUGGCAGUCUGUUGUUUAAACGCAUUGUUGGUAAACGCUGGCGAAUAUACCAAAUCUUGUUGUACUGCCUCCUCACUGCCGGAGCUUUUGCUUGUGUGGGAAUGUCCCUAUACGUUUCAAAAGUGGAAUACGUCGAACGUAUGCAGGAUGCCAUUGAAGCAGUGUAUGGCAAUAACGAUGCCAUCGCCCAAAUCGAUUUCCGGCAAGACCGUCAUAUUGCGGUACAGAAGCUCGUGUUGGAUGUGGCACUUGAUGUCUUUCGCGUUUCAACACAGGUUCUGGUCUUUUAUGUGCUUCUGCGAUGGCUUGCCGUUGCAGCAAAGUUAUACGCGCCAUUCGGUACAGCGGUAGAGAUGAACUUGAUGCCACAACCGUUCAUGGACGCUUCAUCACCUGGCGCAUGCCUCAAUACAUUACCUGCCAUGGCCAUGUCGAGUCCCAUGACAACUUCAAGUGGACCACUCUCACAGCCAUUGGAAGCUCCACGGGCAGUCUCUCGAAAGGGCGAACAGCCGACGCGUGUGACGUCCAUCAAGUCGGAUCCAUUUCGAGCACCUCAUGAACCACGUACACUACCGCACGCGCAAUAA